AUGUCAGGAAAACCCAGUUUGAAUGCCUCUAUUAAAUCAUUGGAUGCUGAAUGCAUUGUAUCGCAUACCGAUCUUGGAGCACAAGGGGACAUCAAUUUCGGCAAUCUCAUCAACACAAAUAAUGAACCAGAAAUAAAUAGCAAAAUGGAUCAAGUAGACAGAAUAGAAGUGAAACCAAUUCAAGAAUUUCAAGAACGCCUUAUUGAUAUCGUCGUUGAUACCGUCGCUGUUAUCUACGUUGAUGACGAGAAUACUCAACAUCCUUCAUCACAGCCUAAUACUGCCUGUGAAAGGGCUAAGAGAACCCUGUCCUCAAGUACUCAAGCCAGCAUCGAAAUUGAUUCUCUCUUUGAAUGUGUAGAUUUCUAUUCAACCAUAACAAGAGCCCGUUUUGAAGAACUGAAUGCUGAUUUGUUUAGAAGCACAUUGGAACCUGUUGAAAAGGCUUUGCGAGAUGCAAAAUUAGAUAAAGCUCAAGUCCACGAUAUUGUCCUGGUAGGUGGAUCUACUCGUAUUCCUAAAAUUCAGAAGCUACUGCAAGAUUUCUUUAAUGGUAAAGAACUUAACAAAAGUAUUAAUCCAGAUGAAGCUGUCGCAUAUGGUGCUGCAGUCCAAGCUGCAAUUUUGAAUGGUGAUAAAUCUGAACAAGUGCAAGAUCUGUUGCUGUUGGAUGUAACCCCACUGUCUCUAGGAAUUGAAACUGCUGGUGGUGUAAUGACUGUGCUCAUGAAACGUAAUACAACCAUUCCAACUCGUCAGACACAAACAUUUACAACUUACUCUGAUAAUCAACCAGGUGUCUUGAUCCAAGUUUACGAGGGUGAACGUGCAAUGACCAAGGAAUAA